AUGAGAAAGCUUCUUCAUUCUUUCAUUUUCCAAAAUGACAUGGCAUUGGCGCCGGAUUUACAGUCGCUCGAAUCCUAUGUUAUAUCAUUGCCGCCGUCGUCGGCUGUAUCUCCGUCAACGUUUAAAGAUUCAUUAUAUGGGAAUUAUGCGAGCUUUUUUAUCCCUUCAGUUCUGGUGGCCAGAAGCGGUUUUGAUUUAGCCACCGUGGCCAUUAUCGCCGCCCACCUACUCCUCUCUGUUCUUUCUUUUUUAUUCAUAUUCCACCUCCGCAUAAAAUCCCGCAGAAUGCAGCAUUUACAAGAUUUCAAUUCACUAUGGACCGGUGCUGGACUUUGUGAUCAACAAGAGUAUUCGUAUACGAAUCAACGUGCUGUCAGCUGCCGUAAUGGUGGCGCUGCCAAUACAAAUUCUCUGCCUCGGCCUCUCGUGGCUGUGGCUGCCGGAGGAGGACGGGUAUGGGUGGGUCGUGUUAGUCAUGUUCUUUUGUAUCACCACAUGCAUGGCGGUGGGAGAGAUUAUAUUGAUAGUAAAGCCAAUCAUGGAUGCAUUGGCGGCCGGGGGUCAGCUUUGCCGGCGUUUCCCCGGUGGGUUCCGCCUGAGGCGGCAGGUGGUGCAAAGAGAACUAGUGAAUAA